AAGAAGAAGAAGAAGAAGAAGAAGAAGAAGAAGAAGAAGAAGAAGAAGAAGAAGAAGAAGAAGAAGAAGAAGGAAAGAAAGAAAGAGGGAGGGAAGGAGGAGGGAGGGAGGAGGAAAGAAAGAAAGAAAGAAAGA